CCGGCAGAGCGGAGGGGAAGAUGGCGGUGGUGGCGCCGCUGCUGGCGCUGCUGUAUUCCGUGCCGGGGUUGUGCCGCUGGCUGGCGCGGCCCUACUACCCGCUCUCCGCCCUGCUCGCCACCGCCUUCCUGCUCGUCCGCAAGGUCCCGCCGCUCUGCCAAGGCCUGCCGUCCCAGCGGGAGGAUGGCAACCCCUGCGACUUCGACUGGCGGGAGGUGGAGAUCCUCAUGUUCCUCAGCGCCAUCGUGAUGAUGAAGAACCGACGUUCCAUCACCGUGGAGCAGCACAUCGGGAACAUCUUCAUGUUCAGCAAAGUGGCAAACGCCAUCCUUUUCUUCCGCCUUGACAUCCGCAUGGGUCUCCUCUACCUCACGCUCUGCAUAGUGUUCCUGAUGACCUGCAAGCCCCCCCUCUACAUGGGCCCUGAGUACAUAAAGUAUUUCAGCGACAAGACCAUAGAUGAGGAGCUGGACCGGGACAAGCGAGUGACCUGGAUUGUUGAGUUCUUCGCCAACUGGUCCAGUGAGUGCCAGUCCUUCGCUCCCAUCUUCGCUGACCUCUCUCUCAAGUACAACUGCUCAGGGCUGCACUUUGGGAAGGUGGACGUUGGUCGGUACACGGAUGUCAGCACCAGGUACAAGGUCAGCACCUCGCCCCUCACCAAGCAGCUGCCCACCCUCAUCCUUUUCCAGGGUGGGACAGAGACCAUGCGCCGGCCUCAGAUCGACAAGAAGGGCCGGGCCGUGUCCUGGACCUUCUCCGAGGAGAACGUGAUCCGGGAGUUCAACCUCAACGAGCUCUACCAG